UUCAGAAAAACAUCUUUGUUUCAGAGAGAACGAAAAGAGUGGAAAAGCAACAGAUCCGAGGGGCGUCUUAUGUUGUCGAAUAAAAUCUGAAUCGUCUCUCAGGAUAAGCUGUGCUGAAGGGGAUGCUGGGGGUGUCAGAGAUGACGGGCAGCAACAUGGCCAAUGCCCUAGCAAGUGCCUCGUGUGAACGGUGUAAAAGCGGAUUUGCCCCAGCGGAGAAGAUCGUCAACAGCAACGGCGAGUUGUAUCAUGAACAGUGCUUUGUCUGCGCACAGUGUUUCCAGCAGUUUCCUGAAGGGCUCUUUUAUGAGUUUGAGGGAAGGAAAUACUGCGAGCAUGAUUUCCAGAUGUUGUUUGCUCCCUGUUGUCACCAGUGUGGAGAGUUUAUAAUUGGGCGUGUGAUUAAGGCCAUGAAUAACAGCUGGCACCCUGACUGUUUCUGCUGUGAUAUCUGCCAAGCCGUGCUCGCCGAUGUUGGAUUCGUCAAGAAUGCCGGCCGCCAUCUCUGCCGUCCAUGUCAUAACCGCGAGAAAGCUCGGGGCCUCGGGAAGUACAUCUGUCAGAAGUGUCACGCCAUCAUCGAGGAACAACCCCUCAUUUUCAAAAACGACCCCUACCAUCCCGACCACUUCAACUGCAGUAACUGCGGUAAGGAGCUGACCGCCGACGCUCGCGAGCUGAAAGGGGAACUCUACUGCCUCCCCUGCCAUGAUAAGAUGGGCGUGCCGAUCUGCGGAGCUUGCAGGCGUCCUAUUGAGGGCCGUGUGGUCAACGCCAUGGGCAAACAGUGGCAUGUUGAGCAUUUUGUCUGUGCCAAGUGCGAGAAGCCUUUCCUGGGACACCGUCAUUACGAGAGAAAAGGACUUGCUUACUGCGAGACUCACUACAACCAGCUCUUUGGUGAUGUUUGUUAUCAUUGCAACCGUGUGAUCGAAGGAGAUGUGGUGUCGGCUCUGAAUAAGGCUUGGUGUGUGAAUUGCUUCUCGUGCUCGACCUGUAACACCAAGCUCACCCUCAAGAACAAGUUUGUGGAAUUUGACAUGAAGCCGGUGUGUAAGAAAUGUUACGAGAAGUUUCCUCUGGAGCUGAAGAAGAGACUCAAGAAGCUGGCGGAGACCGUAGGCCGCAAGUAGAUCUCCUCGCCCACAGGGGGAGUCAAAGGAUGGUCAAUUGUUACAUCUAUGGUGCUUAAAGUACGAACAGAGACCAAACUAAAUCUGGACCGCAAAUGAUCUCGGAUUAGUCGUAGAAGUGUGUCUUACGUGCUUGAGCUUUGUUUUUCCAUGG